CUGGACCCUCCGCUUUAUCCAGGUUCAGGGCAUCCAAUUUUUCUUCAGCCGCGGCUGGAAAUGCUGGCGGAGCUCCGCCGUUACCAGAAACAUCUGAAGCUAAUAAAACGCCGCCUCCUAUUUACGCAUGGCCUAAUAAAAAGAAGCCAAGAGUGUGCAUUUUGGGCGGUGGAUUUGGUGGUUUAUAUACUGCUUAAGGCUAGAAUCUCUUUUAUGGCCUGAGGAUAAGAAACCUCAGGUGCUUCUAGUUGACCAGUCUGAACGGUUUGUUUUUAAACCAAUGUUGUAUGAGCUUCUAUCUGGAGAAGUAGAUGAUUGGGAAAUUGCUCCUCGCUUUUCUGAGUUACUGGCAAACACAGGUGUUCAGUUUCUCCAGGACAAGGUAAAAAUAUUACAUCCGUCUGACCAUUGGGGAAUGAAUGGCCAUAAACAAUCAAGUUGUGGUGGCACUGUGCUGCUUGAAAGUGGCCUUCUCAUUGAGUAUGACUGGUUGGUUCUUGCUUUGGGAGUUGAAGCUAAACUUGAUGUUGUACAAGGUGCUUUAGAGUUUGCAUUACCAUUUUCCACCCUAGAUGAUGCAUGUAAAGUUAACAAGAAGUUAAGAACAUUGGAGCGGAUGAAGUUUGGUAAAGAUUCUCUUAUCUGUGUGGCUGUAGUUGGUUGUGGCUAUUCUGGAGUGGAAUUAGCUGCUACUAUCUCAGAGAGACUACAAGAUAGAGGGAUAGUACAAGCUAUUAAUGUUGAAACCACUAUCUGUCCAACUGCCCCAGCUGGAAAUAGGGAAGCUGCCUUAAAAGUUCUUUCAUCUAGGAAAGUGCAACUUCUCCUGGGUUAUUUUGUUCGUUGCGUACGGAGAGUCACUGACAUGGAAACUUCAGGAGAUGCAACUGUGAAAAGAGAAGGCAAGGACAUUGCAGAAUCCAACUCUGAGAAAUAUGUUUUGGAUCUGCAACCUGCUGAAAAGGGAUUAGAAAGUCAAAUUCUGGAAGCAGACUUGGUCUUAUGGACAGUUGGGUCCAAAGCUCUUCUUCCUGAGCUUGAACCCUGUGACAAACCCCACGAACUUCCCCUGAAUGCCAGAGGACAAGCAGAAACUGAUGAAACGCUCCGUGUUAAGGGCCACCCGCGUAUAUUUGCAAUUGGUGAUUCGUCUUCUUUAAGGGACUCAGCUGGAAGGCUUCUGCCUGCCACAGCUCAGGUUGCUUUUCAGCAAGCGGACUUUGCUGGUUGGAAUCUAUGGGCUGCCAUUAAUAAUCGUCCAUUGUUGCCAUUUAGAUUCCAGAAUCUGUAGAAAUGAUGCAGCCAUUUCACCAAGUUUCAUCGAUGGUGUAACCUUAGAGGGUCCUAUUGGUCAUGCUGCAAGGAAAUUAGCAUACUUGAUCAGAUUACCGACAGACGAGCACCGGGUUAAGGUGGGACUUAGUUGGUUCACCAAGUCGGCCAUAGAUUCAGUUGCAUCGGUGCAGAGCACUCUAACAAAGGUUCUUUCAGGUUCAUAGAUAACGGUUACUCUUUAAGAAAGCUAC